UAAAGUUUAAGGCAACGGCUUCAGGUUUGUAUAGAAUGCUUUCUAUACAUGUUUGUUAAAUGCAUCAAAGCCAAGAAAAGGAUAAUACCGACAUAAAUUGUAAAAUUCGGUGCUAAAUACUCCUCUCACAUGUAAUCUAGAUUUCAACUUUGCUGAUAAGGGGCAGAUAUACUAUUUGUCAGCUACUGAGAUUAGGGGUCAAAAAUAUUAUUCCUAGGGAUUUACCCCUUAAGUUAAAGAUUGAUAUAAGUAUAGUUGAUUUGUCCUUUAAAUCAAUAUAAAGGCGCUUAAUUAUAGUAAGAAACGGAUAAUGUUAGCCAGAGGUCUCGUAUACUUUACAAUAUAUAUUAAUUUGGUUCAAGGGCUAGUCAUCCCAAAUAUUCAAACUAUCUUUAGUUUUGAUAAACUGACUGUAAAGACUAUCCCAGAAGAUGAUCAACUUCAAGAGAUUGAAAGUCAUAUGGCUCCAAUACUCUAUGCUGAUCCAGCUUCUGGUGCGAAUGUUAUUCCAAAUAACUAUAUUAUAGUGUAUAAGGAAGGAUUGAAUGCUGAAGAGAGAAUGAUUCAUCAAACAUGGAUUCAAGAGAAAUAUGAUUUUUUGGUUGCUCUGGAUGAUUCUAAUUCCAAAUUAGACUUCUUCAAUUUUGGUAACGAUGAUAAGAAUAGAGAUAUAUUCUCGGGCUACUUUGGAUAUUUUCCUGAAUCGCUCUUACAAUUGAUCCAAUUAGACCCAGCUAUACAAUACAUUGAACCAGAUUCAACCCUUAAUAUCUGGAACUAUGUAGUUCAGGAAAAUGCUACUUGGGGUUUGGCUGCAGGAAGUCACAGAGAACCACAUCCAAAGCAAGAAUACCAUUAUGAUGAUCAAGGAGGUAAGGGUGUAGUUGCGUAUGUUGUGGAUACUGGAAUUAAGAUCGAACAUGAAGAUUUCGAAGGGCGGGCAAGAUGGGGAAAGGCCUUGGUUGCACCCUACCAAGAGAAGGACUUCUUUGGUCAUGGUACCCAUUGUGCUGGAAUAAUUGGGUCCAAGACCUUUGGUAUUGCUAAGCAGGUUGAGUUAGUAGCCGUGGGUGUGACACGUCCUGAUGCAUUCGUUACUGUAUCUGAUACGAUCAAAGGGUUUGAGUUUACUGUUGCAGAUUUUAGAAAAAAUCUUGAGCGGAAGAAGAAAGGAUUCAAAGGUUCUACUGUCAAUGUUUCUAUUGGUGGAGACGACUCCAAAGCUUUGGAUGCAUCUGCUAAUGCUCUUAGUAAGGCAGGAUUACAUGUAUCACUUGCUGCUGGUAAUGCAGCUGAUGAAGCAUCAAAAUUUUCUCCAGGUAGAGCAUCAGAACCUAUUACAGUUGGUGCCAGUGAUGUGAAUAAUACCAUGGCAUGGUUUUCUAAUUUUGGUAAAGGUGUUGAUAUUUUUGCACCCGGGCUUGAUAUUGAAUCUACUUUCAAUGAAGGUUUCUCUGAAGUUAUGUCAGGUACUUCAAUGGCAGCUCCUCAUGUUACUGGUCUUUUAUCUUACUUUUUAUCACUUCAACCUGAAUUAGAGUCUGAAUAUUCUACAAAAUUAUUGUUACCAAAAGAAUUAAAGAAUAGGGUACUCAAGUAUGCCACCAAAGGAGUUCUUAAUGGAUUGAAAUCAGAUUCACCAAACUUAUUAGCAUUUAAUGGAGCUGGAGGUAACCUAGAUGAAUUUUGGAAAUAGUAAUAUAUAGUCAAAUAAGAGAGAGAGAUAUACAAAGAAAACUCAAAGACAUAUUUGUAAGGUCUUAUGUACCACUCGUGGAGCAAUAAAAAUAAUCAUCGCACUAUAGUUAAACGGUUUUUAAGAUUUCAAUUACGAAAUUACGUCAAUUUGGUUGACUUUUAACUAUAAUGGAUCUAAAUACAAUAGAUUAUACUUACCCCUAUUUCAAAAUACCCUAUAAGAAUAUCGCACCUUUGUUAAGUUUAGAAGUCGCACUAGCAGUAAAUAAUGGUAAAGUCGGCAACUAUAAAUUUAGUAUGAUAAAAUUGAGCGAACAUCCCCGGUGACAAUGUUUAC